AUGUCGGCACAGAAUCCAUUUCCUCCUGAUGGGGACGUUCUCAUCAUGUCACCCACAGGAAAAAACUGGAAACUUCAUUCGUGGCAACUGGUCAACUACGCGCCAAAAAUCGGCGCCCUUCUCAAAAACGUUGCAGCGAGAACCAUCACCAAGGGUAUGCGCGCUGAAGCACACACUAUUAGAUGGUGGAUUGAGAUGAUACCAUUUGGCGCCUUUGAUGACCAACGAUUCAGAGAUUUUGUUUGCGUUCCAGAAAAAAAGAAAGGAAAGCUUACUUUGCACAGCGCCGGUGCUUUUAAUGGAAUUGGCGAGGUGUCUUUCGAAAGAACCUAUGACAACCUUUUCAGAAUGUUGUACAGCAUGCCUCCCAAUCUCACAGACGAUAUUGACGACGGCGGUGCAAACUUGUACAUAACCGAUUGCGUUUCGAUCUUACAAGCCGCCGCCUUCAUCGGCAGCUUGCCUAGUGUUCGCACGUACAUUGAGAGCUAUCUUCUGCGGAUCAACCAGAAGCUCUGGGUCCACGUUGCAAAGGCCCCUGAGGCAUGGUCUGAUGUUGCUGUUCGUCUACAGUCGGCGAUUAUCUUUCGUGAAUCCAUCAUUCACAUCGCGGGUGGUCUCGAGCUUCCGGGUCUCAUCAACAGAAGCAGUUUUGACAACAUUGAGUAUGGAAAAAUCUGCCUUAAAGUUGCGGAACGCAAGUGUCGCGAGCUUAGAGAUAAGAAGAUCGAUGUAGAGAGGAGGCUCUUGCAAUACUAUCCGCAACGUCUAAUUCGAAGAGAGACUCCCGAAAAGAUCCCAGGUCGCGCCGAUUAUGGUUCCGACAUCUACUACUGGCAGGCUCUAACUAUGUGUCGCCAAUUCUUUCAGUCUUCUAUCAUGGCGAACAGACAUCAUCGUCACGAAGAUGAUGAGUUCCAUCAACUUUUUGCCAUGUCGACCAAAGGAAAGCAGUGUCUCGCGGAUGCUGUUGAAGUUAUCAAGGAUGACCAUCGUGUUGUCAUCGCCGAUCUUUUGGAAGAUCACCUUCAGCUUCGUACGACUGUGAGAAGCAAGCCUUUGAGGUUCUAUCCCAGACAAAUCGAAGAUGGUGUUGCUAGUGACGGCUCUGCUAGCACAGAUCGAGCUGCAAGGGAAAUCAUGAACCGGGGUGGUGGUCCUAGUUCAGGGAAAGUUCCAGGAAAGAAGACUAGAACUGGCAAAGCUGCUAUGGCUAGAGACGAAGGAGAAGAUAGCGAAGAGGAAGGCGAGCAACAACAUAACGAUGAUGAUAGUUCAAGAGAAGAAGACGACGUUGACGAGGGCGAGUAUAUGGGCGGAGCAUGA